UUUACUGUUUCUUAGAGCGAAGUUGUUGCACACGGUGACCCUCAAGCGAGCCCUAACCCUACCAUUGCGCUCCCGAAGCUCAACCAUCUCAACCUACCAUUGCCGCUCGGCUCAACGAAGCUGAACCCUGCAACUUCUUUCCUCCUCGCCCAAAGUUCACUCUCUCCUUGUCGUUCUCGCCAUCCAGGAGCCCUACUCUCUCGCACUGGACAGAGGUACCGGGACAGAAUGGGCAACAAGAGGAAAGAUGAUGCAGAUGAAGGUGCAAAAGAAGGCUCUAAGAAGAGAAAAGUUGCCCCCUCUAUGAUCAAGAACAAGGUUAAAAGAUCAAUAGUGUAUGCCAAGCUCAAGCAUGAGAAGAAGGUGGAGAAAAGAAAGAAGGCGAAGGCACGAGAAGUAGCAGAGAAAAGGGCUUUAGAACUCGGGGAAGAGCCACCAGCUAGGAAGAUUCCUCGUACCAUUGAGAACACCAGGGAAUUUGAUGAGACCGUUUGCAAGCCUGAUGAUGAUGAGUUGUUUGUUGGUAUUGAUGCUGACGAGUUCAGUCCACUUUUCAAGCGAGAGUACACCUCAAAGAUAUUGAUUACCACAUCACGUUUUCAUUCGACAAGAGGCCCUGCAUUUAUUGCUGAGCUAUUAUCAGUAAUUCCAAAUGCUCACUUUUACAAGAGAGGAACUUAUGAGUUGAAGAAGAUUGUAGAAUAUGCGAGGAACAAAGAUUUCACAUCUAUCAUUGUGGUCCAUACAAAUCGCAGGGAGCCAGAUGCACUUGUAAUCAUCGGUCUACCUGACGGGCCUACUGCACAUUUCAAGCUCUCGAGGCUUGUUUUGCGAAAGGAUAUUAAAAAGCAUGGUAACCCGACAACUCAUUAUCCUGAACUGGUGUUAAACAACUUCACAACACGUUUGGGUCAUCGAAUUGGAAGGAUGAUUGCAUCACUUUUCCCUCAAGAUCCAAACUUCGUUGGUCGGCGAGUUGUAACCUUCCACAACCAGCGAGAUUUUAUAUUCUUUCGUCAUCAUAGGUAUAUUUUUGAAACCAAAGAAAUAAAAGAAAGUUCAUCAAAAACUAAGACAGAGAAGGAUGAGAAAAGUUCAUCGAAAAGUAAGACAGUGAAGGAUAAGAAAAGUUCUCAGGAGAAUGUUAUUGUACGCCUUCAGUGCUUUGCAGGAGUGUGGUCCUCGUUUUACGUUGAAAUUGAUCAGUUUGCAACAUGGAACCUUUGACACCAAAGGUGGAGAGUAUGAAUGGGUUCACAAGCCGGAGAUGGACACUAGCCGGAGACGAUUCUUUUUAUGAGUUUCGGCUUCUCCAUUUAGCUGAAUCUUGGUCAUACGGAGGGAUUACUACGCUGUUUUCACUCUGAUGGAGCAAAUUUUAGUCAUACUGAUAAACUUAGUCAAGGAUUUUUCCAUUUAUCAGAUAUUGUAACUUAUUUGAGGUUACAUUGCUGUCAAUUUUGGGGCCCAAAAUGUUAUUAUUUUCCUAUUAUUGAUCAAGGUUAUGAAUUUUUUUGGCGUGA